GCCAGGCACACGCGCUUAAAGUGGCGUGGAUCGAUCAUUGUUACUAUCAACCGGAAACUGUCUUAGUACUUGCAAUGACAUCAUACCAAGUGACCAGAGAAAUCGUGCUAUCCAACGGAGCUCUGCUCCCGACCGUGGGCCUUGGGACGUACUAUCUUCCGCCGAAGAAGACCGCCGAAACCGUUACCCAAGCGCUCACAAAAGGCUACCGGCACAUCGACACAGCGGUGCUAUACAACAACGAGGAGGAGGUGGCACAGGGAAUCGCAGACUGGAUUGGUUUGGAUCCCCAGAACCUGAGACUGGAUGUGUUCUAUACCACCAAGUUGUGGGAUAUGGAUGGCGGGUACACAGCCGUGAGACGCGAAAUCGCCCGGUGCGUGCGCAAAAUGACGGCCUACGGAUUGGAGUACAUUGAUCUAUUGCUCAUCCACUCGCCGCUCUGUGGUAGCAGAAAGCGCUUGGAGUGUUGGCGUGCGAUGCAGGAGGCGGUUGAUGCUGGUACCGUAAAGAGCAUCGGCGUGUCGAACUAUGGCGUUCAUCACAUUCAAGAGUUGCUUGCCUGGCCCAAAUUGACUCACAAGCCGGUGGUAAACCAGAUCGAAAUCUCACCGUGGUGCAUGCGGCAGGAAUUGGCCGACUGGUGCCGACAGCAGGGGAUUGUGGUGGAGGCCUACGCCCCCUUGACCCACGGAUACAAGACCGAGGAUUCCGCUUUGAAGGCGAUUGCAGAGAAGCACAGCGUCUCCACGGCGCAGGUAUUGAUUAGAUGGUCGCUCCAGCAUGGUUAUGUGCCAUUGCCAAAGACACAGACAAUUGGGCGGUUGAGUGGAAACGUGGACGUUUACAGGUUUGAGUUGAGUGAUGAGGAGUUGGCAACGAUUGACCAUCCUGAGGCUCAUGAGCCGACCGACUGGGAGUGCACCGAGGCACCAUGAUCGUAUUUGAUUCAAUUUUUGGUGGGCUUAUUUCUAGUAGACUUUGAGGUGACUAUUCUAUUUCCUCUUUGUAUAUUAUGGUUGUGAUAUGUUCCUGAGACAUGUACGCAAGAGCGACUAAUCUCGUCGGGCUGCGUAUGAUUGGCAGGUCCAGGCCUCCUACCUACUGCUAAUAUGAGGUUUGUGUUGGUAUGUUAAAAUUACACCCUAUCCCUUCGUAGUAUUACAGCUAUUAGUUUGACAAAGUCCCCGCCUGUACCUCAGAGUUAAGCAGUGAUGUUUUCACUGCCUCAGGUGUCGACUCAAACCUAUGUUGUCUAUACAUGCGAUACUGCCAUCGCCCACUAGUAUUUCCUGGUAGCUUUAUCAAGGCCUGGUGUUUGCCUAAAAGCAUGUUUCUAAGGUAGUGACUAUAUAGUACGGUCAAUUAAUCUCUUGCC